UGCAAAAAUUAUUUCUGUGGCACAAUUCGGUUGCUGAAACCUCAUGCGCAUGCACUUGGCGACUGUGUGUUUCUUCCUAAUAACACUGGGCAUGUGUUAGACUUUACCAUCUUCGGACCAUGUGAAAAAGUGGCAAAUGGCAAUGGAUUUCAUUGGAAGUUUGAUCGAUAUCUUGAAAUGCAUUUGGAGAAGAGUCAUGAGUUAUAUUGGCUUCAGGGAGAUUCCUUCCGACAACUCUAGAGAGCUUGCUGCAAAAACUGAACACCCAGUUAAGGCCUUCGGUUGGGCAGCCAGAGAUGAAUCUGGCUUGCUCUCUCCGUUCAAGUUCUCCAGGAGAGCGACGGGUGAAAACGAUGUUAUGUUCACGGUGCUGUACUGUGGAAUUUGUCACACUGAUCUUCACACCCUGAAGAACGAGUGGGGUAUUUCCAGCUAUCCAAUGGUCCCAGGCCAUGAAAUCGUGGGAGUAGUCACAGAAGUUGGUAGCAAAGUGGAGAAAUUCAAAGUUGGAGAUAAAGUUGGUGUUGGAUGCAUGGUUGGUUCGUGCCAUUCUUGCCCCAGUUGUGCCAACGACCUUGAAAACUAUUGUCCUAAAAUGAUACUCACUUAUAAUUCAACAUACUAUGAUGGAACUCCAACAUAUGGAGGCUACUCCAAUAUCAUGGUUGCUGACGAAAACUUUGUGAUUCGUUGGCCUGAAAAUUUGCCUCUUGAUUCUGGAGCACCUCUCCUCUGUUCCGGGAUCACAACCUACAGUGCCCUGAAAUAUUUUGGGCUAGACGGUCCAGGGAUGCACAUUGGUGUGGUAGGUCUAGGCGGGCUAGGCCAUGUGGCCGUGAAGUUUGCCAAGGCAUUUGGUGCUAAAGUGACUGUGAUCAGUACGAGUCCCAGCAAGAAGGAUGACGCCAUUGUACGUCUUCAGGCAGAUGCCUUUCUGGUUAGCCAUGACAAAGACAAAAUGCAGGCUGGUAUGGAGACAUUGGAUGGGAUCAUUGACACAGUCUCGGCGGUUCACGAUCUCGGACCAUUGAUUGGUUUAUUGAAGUCACAGGGUGUUCUUGUCCUGCUUGGUAUCCCCAACAAGCCGCUUGAAAUUCCAGCCUCUCUCUUGCUUUCGAGCAGGAAGGUGGUGGGAGGGAGUGCCAUUGGCGGCAUCGCGGAGACGCAAGAGAUGAUUGAUUUUGCUGCGAAUAACAAAAUAACUGCAGAUGUUGAGAUUAUACCAAUGGGGUAUGUGAACACUGCAAUGGAGCGUCUAGCAAAGGGUGAUGUCAAGUUCCGAUUUGUAAUUGACAUUGCAAAUACCUUGAAGGCUACCUAACUAAGCCUUGCACGUCCUCAAUGCCCACUUUGACACGAUCAUCAUGGUAGCUUUGCGUCUGUGUGAGUUGUGUGUGAAUAAUAGGAGUUGAGACUCUACGUAUCAACUCUCAAUUUCCGAGCAUAUGCUUUGUUUGUAAGUAAUACGUGUUUUCCUUCUGUAAAAGCUGAUGACGAUGAUAUUCAAUUUACCAGAUCUUAUCCAUAAUUCCCCCCAACCACCACA